GCAAAGGUCACACAUUAAUGCCAGGAGCUUCGAGGCUGCAUCAUGCCUGGAAUUUGGAUUCUUGCCCUGUUUCUGCUCAGUGCAGCAGAAGGCAGAGAAGUUUGCUUUGAUAGGCUUGGGUGCUUCACAGAUGAUGUGCCAUGGUCUGGGACUGUGGAAAGGCCAAUCCACAAAUUACCCUGGAAACCAGAGAGAGUAGGCACUCAGUUCCUCCUGUACACUCGAGAAAACACUGAUGUCUUUCAAGAGGUGUCUGCUGAUAAUUCAACAAUCAAGGCCUCAAAUUUUAAUGAAAACAGGAAGACCAGAUUUAUUGUACAUGGAUUUAUAGACAAUGGAGAAGAAAACUGGCUGUCAGACAUGUGCAAGAGGAUGCUUACUGUGGAGGAUGUGAACUGCAUCUGUGUGAACUGGAUGAGAGGCGCAAGGUGUCAGUACACCCAGGCAUCGAACAACGUCCGUAUCGUGGGCGCUGAAAUCGCUUAUUUUGUAAAUGUCCUCAUGGAUGAGUUUGGCUACUCCCCAGCCGACGUGCACAUCAUCGGCCACAGCCUGGGAGCGCACGCUGCUGGCGAGGCGGGCCGGAGGCGCCCGGGCAUCGGCAGAAUAACCGGACUGGACCCUGCACAACCUUAUUUUCAAGGCACUCCAAUUGAAGUCAGACUGGAUAAAUCUGAUGCAGACUUUGUUGACAUUAUCCACACAGACUCAGCUCCCACAAUCCCCAACUUAGGUUUUGGCAUGAGCCCAGCCAUAGGACAUAUUGACUUUUAUCCAAACGGAGGGAAGGAGAUGCCCGGCUGUGGGAAGAACCCUAUUUCACAGAUUGUAGAUCUCGAUGGCAUCUGGGAAGGAACUCGGGACUUCAUGGCUUGCAAUCACUUGCGGAGUUACAAGUAUUACUCGGACAGCAUCAUCUACCCUGACGGAUUUUUAGGCUAUCUUUGUCCUUCAUAUGAGCUUUUUCAAGAAGGAAACUGUUUCCCAUGCCCAGAAGAGGGAUGCCCAAAUAUGGGUCACUAUGCAGACAAAUUCAAGGACAAGGUUAAAAAUGAUUUCACGAAAUUUUACCUGAAUACUGGAGAGGCCAAGGAUUUUCCUCUUUGGAGGUACAAAAUAAACGUGACCCUCUCUGGAAAGAGCAAAGUAAGAGGAUAUGUAAAUGUUGCCCUGUAUGGCACUGGUGGGAACACAAAGCAGUACCAGAUCACCAAGGGUACCCUCAAACCAGGUAACACUUACACAGCCUAUAUUGACGCAGAAGUUAAUGUAGGAGAAGUUACCAAGGUUAAAUUUCUUUGGAACAACAACUUGAUAAACCCAACUCUUCCUAAACUGGGAGCCUCUUCUAUCACAGUAGAAUCUGGACAAAACAGAAUAGCGUACCGUUUCUGUGGUUCUGAGACUGUGAAGGAGGAUGUCCUGCAGACUCUGACUGCUUGCUAACAGCACACUGGGAUCCCCAAAUCUUGCUACCAAUAAAGGCAAUUAUUCUGCAGCUCUAA